GCCUCGACUGCGAGCAAGCCAGUGAACUUCUCCAUCUCCUGCUCAGUGUUCGUUUGCGCACUCGUCACUCUCGCCAUUUGCCUUAUUGCAAAAACCUACACCAACAUCAUGUCCAAGACAAGCAAGCGAUCCGCCGAGGAGGAGAAGAUCCUGCAAUUCUGUGGCAUAACAGGCUCAUCGAUGGCGCACGCAAAGCGCUACCUCGACAAGUACAAGCGCGUAGACAUUGCGGUGGAUGCGUACUACAGCGAGGGUGCUGCUGCCGCAUCGCUCGCGCGGCCACGGAACGAACCAUCAUCGAGCAAGCUUGGUCAGCUGUUUGACCGGUACAAGGACACGGAUGGCGAUAAUAUCACUGUGGAUGGGACGCUCAAGCUCUGCGAAGACCUCGGCGUUGACCCUGAAGACGUCGUGCUGCUCGCCGUAGCAUACGAGCUCAAAUCGCCACGCAUGGCUGAGUGGACGCGCAAGGGUUGGAUUGAAGGCUGGAAAAAUGUCAAUGCAGACACGACAGCGACGAUGAAGACGGCGCUGCUGCGCCUACGGGACAAACUUGGAUCCGAUGCGCCAUACUUUCACCAAGUAUAUGCUUAUACGUUCGAUUUCGCGCGUGCGGAGGGCCAGCGGAGCCUCAGUCUCGAGACAGCGCAAGGAUUUUGGGCGCUCCUUCUCCCGCACGGUCUGCGAGGCGGCGCGCUGACCCACAUAAUCCCGCGGGACACCGAUGGCGACGAUGGUAUGCGCGGAUACGAGGAGGGAUGGAGGGAGGAAUAUACGAGUUGGUGGUUUGAGUUCCUCACCGAGCGGGGGGGUAAAGGGGUCAGCAAGGAUACGUGGAUGAUGUUUUUGGACUUCGUGCGCACAAUCGAUGCGCAGUUCGAGAAGUAUGAUCUAGAGGCCGCGUGGCCUUCGACAAUAGACGACUUCGUCGAGUGGGCAAAGGAGCGGUUGGCGUCCAGGACCGCGUGAGGCGUUCGCAUUGAUCAGGCGUUGGUGACAUGUGGCAGUUUCGGGCGAGGCCUGGAUGCGCCCUGUGCGUGGCGUUGGCUGCUACAUGUCAAAUCAAGUACAUACGUGUUGUACCAGGAAGGUUGUAGGCUUAGAGGGCCGUACAUUUCUGAUCGCGGCGAAGUGUCACAUUCGUCGGUUCGACAUCCUUUGCGCAUCCUGCUUGUACAUUUGUCUGUCUUCGUGUGGCUUGGUUCGUUUCGGUUCAUUUCAUUCCAUCUUAGUGUAAUAAGUUCUCUGUCACCCUCGCCAUCGUCGUCUCGUCGCUGUUAUUGCACUUAUUUAGUAGUCACUGGCUGUUGUAUAAAUGAAACCAAGGAUCGGUACUGCGGCG